AUGGUAAGAAAGAGCAAGGGCCGCCAAAAGGUGGAGAUGGUGAAAAUGCCUAAUGAAAGCAAUCUCCAAGUGACCUUCUCGAAACGCCGGUCUGGCCUCUUCAAAAAGGCCAGUGAACUUUGCACUCUUUGCGGUGCUGAAGUCGCCCUGGUCGUUUUUUCUCCCGGCAAGAAGGUCUUCUCUUUUGGCCACCCCUGUGUUGAUUCGGUCAUUGAUCAUUAUCUCACCCGAGCCCCCCCUCAAAUCUCCGGCACCAUGCAACUCAUCGAGGCUCACCGCAACGCUAGCGUUCGGGAGCUCAACAUGCAACUCACUCAGGUGCUUGGUGAAUUGGAGGCCGAAAAGAAGCGAGGUGAAGAGCUUAUUCAGAUGAGGAAGGCUUCUCAGGCUCAGUGCUGGUGGGAGAAUCUGAUUGAAGAGCUUAGUUUGCCACAGCUUGAGCAGUUAAAAGCGGCGCUAGAGGAGCUGAAGAAGAAUGUGGCAAAGCAAGCUGAGAAGAUUAUGAUCCAGAAUUCUGGUCCUCCACAGUUUCUUGGAGCGAGUUCAUCAAGUGGUGGAGGGAUUAAUCUUCCAUUUGAUCUUCAGUCUGCUGGCUUCAAUCCGAAUAUGAUGCCUCCUCAUGGAUAUAAUAAUCCUGGAUUUGGACGUGGAUUUUACUGA